CUUGAUUCAAGUGGAGAGCAUGGAUUUCAACAACGUAUCGAGAACUGUUAUUAUCAGGGUACAGUGGCUGGGGAUUCGUCGUCGUUCGUCGCACUAUCGUCCUGCAAUGGUCUGAGAGGUAUUAUAGCCUUUUCAAAUGGUUCCACUUACGGAGUUUGGCCGUUGGAUGUGGGCGAUCGUGGACGAAGGCAUCCUCAUAUCCUUUAUAAAACUCAUUGGACCCAAGAGGCGAAAUGCGGGACAUCAAUGGCGCCAAUAGAGCACACCAUCCGUCGGAGGGUGAGUGGAAUGUUUCCGAAAGCUAUUUGCAGUUUUGUUAAGAUUAUCUGCAGAAAGCCAUUUGUGGCGUUGCCCACUUUGAAGGAUGGGAGGGGCACUGUGUGA